CUGAUUUACAAAUAAUUUCAAUGCUUCAUCAUCAAAAUAUUAUUCAUGAAGAAGAUAUUUCAUUAGAAAACCAGUCUACAUUAAUUAAUAAUGAUAAUAAUUUAUUAAAUAAUUAUGAUCAUAGUAAAAUUGAAGAGUAUACUGAUACUAUAUCACAACAAAUUUCUUGGAAUAAAAAAGAAAAAUGGCGUGCAUCAAAUUCUAAUUUAAUUAAUGAUAACUUGAAAAAUGAAACCUCUGAUAUUUUAUUAGAUAAUUUAUCUUCAAUUGAUAAAGUUCUUGAAAGUUUAACUCAAGAAAAUUUGGAUCAUGAAAGUCUUAUAUCAAUUGAUAAUCAAUCUUAUUCAAGUCAUUCAAGCUUUAAUAACCAUAAACAGUUAUGA